GGGUCAGGGUGGAGGCUGUUUGGGGGGCAGCAUAAGAGCAGGCCACAUGAGAUUGGCUCUGAGGGCUGUUUUGGGAGGUUGAAGCUGCCUGGCACCUUGCAUGGACCCCACAGUCUCUGGCAAGCAGAGCCAGUGCAGCCUCUUCUCCUCAGUGUGGAUCUUGGCAUGGGAAACCCCUAAUAUUGUUAGAAUCUUGCUGGGCUGCUGGCAGCUGCAACCGUGCGAUACCAAGAGAUCCGGCAGCCUCCCUGUAUGCUGUGGCACGUCAUCGGUGUUUACAGAGUGCUAUGGUCCGCACAUCACCCCCCCAACCCAUACCAGCGCCCCCAAACCUGGCAAGGAGCUGCUGCCUCCCAGUCUGCCCGCUUCUUCCCCGCAUGCCUACUCAAAGUCUGCUGGGGGCAGGGGCCGCGCACGCACCAUAUUUUACCAGCACGAUUUCCUCCUUUGGCAACAGUGACGGGAGCGGGGGCGGAGAUGGGGGGAGCCCAGGGGAGACACAAAUGUGUGACUGCAUCAUCCUCGCUUUCAUCACUGUGUCCCUCGCGCCUCCUCACGGUUGCCUUAGCAACCUCCUAUUGAUAGGGGUAUUUAUAGAGGAGGCGAAUGCUGCUUGCAUGUUGGGAGCUGGCGGCAGGGGGGACCUGGAUGGGGUGGGCGUCUGCUGAGGUCAGCCUCCUCAGCUUCAGGCUUCUUUCAGCUUGUUUGGCUGAGCGGAGAGAGAACGGAUGUUACUCCUGUGUUGUCAGAGUGGGCGGUGGUCCAGCUUUCCUGCUCAUCUGAGGUGCUGGAGCUGGUGGAGGUGGUUAGGAAUUUGCACGUGGAAAUAGAACCGAGUAUCUGGGAUGUCCUCCUUUUUCACACACACCCAGGUUGGCACCUGUCAUGCUUCUAGGCUUGUGUAGACCAGGUUUAUUGUUGCACUGGAAUAAACAAUCUCUGAGCUCUAAUACUGGGCGCGUCAGCCCUCCUCUUUGGAAAAAAGUUAAAGAAAUCUUCCCAAACUGAUCAUCACUGUGCUCUUAUGCCUGAAAUACAUUGCCUGAUGAACCACAUGGGUUGUGGAGCCUGUGGCACUGACAAAUCGGGUCUUGAAUGUCCAGUGUUAUUUCUGUGACUCGAUACUGCUGUCUGUCAAAUGGGGGGAUGUGGUGCUUAUUGCCUGUAAUAACCUGUGGUACAAAGUUUUUGUGUUAUGGAAACUAUGGCAAGUUUUCCAUGUGGUGUAUUCUUUAAUCUUGUGGGCUUGGCUUUCUUAAUUAAAAACUGAUCACAGAAAAAGCAGGUCAGGUAAUCUCUGCUUAUAGAUGACACAGCCUGUGUGGGGGAGUGAGUGUCAACCUGGGAUGCACAGAUCCUGGAGCCCUGUGAAAAGCUCCUAGGGAUCCAUAAAAAUGACUUAGAGAAGCAAGAUCAGGUAUGCAAUUCCUUGUCAAAAGGAAAGUAAACAGCCUUUGAGUCUGGGCUGUGAGGCGCAGUAGAUGGCAGAUCUGAUUUAUGUAAUUCUGUUGUUCUGCUACUUUCCUCUGCUUCUGCUUGAAUUCCAGUCUGAGUUUUGCAAUCUGAGUUUCACAAACUGUUUUAAAGGGGUUGCUUUCUGGCUCUGGACGCUGCCUGCCACACAGCUCCAGGCUUGCCUGGCCUCUUGCCAUUCUUGGUGCAGGAAUCUCAGAAGCCAUAUGAAGCCUUGUUUUGGCAGGGAGAAGUUCUAGUUUUACUCAGAAGUGGGCUGUUGGUGAGGAUGAAUACUGCCUGUGUUGGUGGUGAUGCUUCAGCACCUCUGUGUGUCUGGAUUCUUGCCUUUUAAGAAAUUUGUUUCUAGCACUGCUGACCCAUUGAAUGGCUGUCACUGAUCUCACUUCAGGUGAGCUAAUUAAAGUGCUUUUGGGUUAAGACUGGAUAUCUGACCUGGAUGUUUUAGUUCCUGCUAUUACUAACUGCCUUUGCUCCUUCAUCCAGAAUAAAUCCUUGUAGGAGUUUGGCUGGUCCUGUCACCUGUGUCUUUUGACUGAGUUGUGUUUUUUGUCACAGAUGCCCUGCUGAAGGUGAGGAGAGCUGAGUUUGGCCAGGGUCUGAUCUGCAGGUGGUGUGUGGGAGUGGAGGAGAAGGGGGCUCGCUGCUCAUGUGUUUAGCUCAGCGUUAGAGCACAGUGAAAAGACAAAGUGCAAAAAAUGGGUAAGAAAUUCCUCCUAUGAGCAGAGAAGGAUAUACUCUGCUUCUGCAGAAAUACAUUUUCACUCUUACAGGUCUUAGUUUAGUUUAGUUUUUGAAGUGCAAAAGGUGAUGUUCCAGCAGAAAAGCUGCCUUCCGGGGUGUGCUGCCUUCCUGGGUGUGCAGGUGUGCAGCUCUUGCAUUGUUGCUGCUGCUCUGAACUUGGCCAAAUGUAUUUUAGAAGAGGUAUAUAUCCUUUUCUCUCCUGCUAUGUAGUAUGCUGUAUGCUUUAUGGCAGUGGAGGAAACAGUACAGCCAUGUUUUAUUGCAGCUUGUGGGUAGGAGUUGCAGAAGUGAGAACUGGUAUGACUGUGAGGUUGAUCUAAAACAAGAUGACUGCCUUACCUGUAUCCAUCAAUCUCUUUUGGGAGGGAAGAGUAGCAGACUGUUCCCAGCAGCUUCUGAUACACAGGCUGGAUCUCCUGAUGAGAUAUUGGGCUUCUCCUGAUCUCAGUUCUUCUUCCCUUUCUAGUUAGGAAGUCUGUCAGCAAUCUGGGCUUCUUGGGCAGGGACCUGGCCCUUGAUGGCCUAGCUGCUGUACAAGUACAGCAGAGAUGUGCCCAAAGCAGCUGAUGACAGCUGACAGGCCAGGCAAAGGAAGAAUGUGGUGCCAGACACUUUCUGCACUCAGCAGAGCAUCCCUGAUUGCUCUUCAUGUACAUCUCUCUGUUGGGUGGAGAUGUUUCACUGACUGUCUUAGGGAUGUCUUAACCAAGUGAAGGGAAGCCUCUUCCUUUUUGCCCUUUGUCCCAUGCUGGGUGUGUUGAAGUCUGUCUUUUGGGGAAGCUGACCCUGUCUGAGCAUCCUUGAUUUUUGUGGACUCAAAGUAAGCAAAGUGCCUGACAGGUUGCAAGGUUGGGCCUGAUUUUUCUUUCUGCCUUCCCUUCCUAGGAGGGCUGCAAAUAGGGAGUGAGGAGCAGAUAUCUUCUGGCUAGGCAAGUUGUUAAUCUGAGGACGCUGGAUUUUUGGAAGCAUUUUGGAAACAUGAACCACAAAAUCCAGUAACGGUGAAACAAAUUGUUGAAUGUCUCUCCUCCAGACCUCUCUCCUGUGUGUCAUGUGGGUACUCCUGUUACAGACCUGUCUCCUAUUGAGGGGGCUCUCAAGGUAGUUCUGGCCGUGUGCCCUGGAGAUGCAGCAUAGAUGGGCCAUGUCCAAACAGCUUCCUAAUGGGUGGUGGAAGGUUGCUGUCUCUUUCAGAGUGUGCUGAUGUGGGCUGUUCCCUGAGAGCUGAGGGUGCCCUGGGCAGCUUCGGGCUGUCCAGCCAUAUGUUGGGUGGGGAGGCUGAUUGAGCCCUUCGCUGUAUGAAGAGGUAGUGCUUGACUGAGAACAGUUCCAGUCCACCAGAUAGCACCCUGCUUUCUCCAUGGAUCUGACCCUGGGUGUUGGAGGGCUUGGGCUUCAGGGGCUGCUGGGCUGAAGUCUGAGCUGUCAGUGACUCUCCUGUUUUCUUCCCUGCAGGUAGGUGGGAGCCCCCAGUAGCCGAGUGAGGCAGCAUGGCAAUGUUCCUGGGGGCGAGGAAUGCCCACUCGCUCCUGAAGCGCUUUCCCCGAGCCAAUGGCUUCCUGGAGGAGAUACGACAGGGCACCAUUGAGCGGGAGUGCAUUGAGGAGGUCUGCAGUUAUGAGGAGGUCAAGGAAGUGUUCGAGAACAAAGAGAAGACGAUGGAGUUCUGGAAAGGCUACACCAACUCCGUCUACUCUGUCAAGGACCCCGGACACAGCACAGAGCGCUCAGACGCUAUGUAUGUGGUGGUCCCCCUCUUAGGAGUGGCUCUUCUGAUAGUCAUUGCCCUCUUCAUCAUCUGGAGGUGCCAGCUUCAAAAGGCCACCCGCCACCGCCCUUCCUAUGCCCAGAACCGCUACUUGGCCAGCCGAACAGGGCGCAGCCUCCCCAGAGUCAUGGUGUACCGGGAACGGUCGCAAAGCCAAGGGGAAACCCAGUAUCAGCGAGAAGCGAGCAACCGGGUGGUUGGAGACGGCAGAGCAGUGGGCACUCCCCAGCAAGAUGGCACCCUCUACCCACCAGAGCAUUCGGUCUCUGUCCUCUCCAGACUGUCCAGUGCCACCCCUCCACCUUCCUAUGAGGAGGUGACAGGGCACCCAGAGAGCAGCAGUGGUGAAGAGACCAGCAUCUCCUACAAUGACCCACCACCCAAGUAUGAAGAGAUCGUGGCCGCUGCCCCUGCUGCAGGCAAAUAGUGGGUCUGAUGCCUCUGUCCUGCCACUUCACACACUCUCACACUCACACCCACCCCUCGCCGUGCCUGGGACCCGCUUCCUGUGCCAAUCGAUACCCCAUCCCACUUGUACAAGCUGGUGCCAUCACAGAAUAGCCUUACCCUCCUUACCAAAAACAGCUGUCCCAAAGUGGGGUUGGGGAGGGAAUGGGGAUGGCUCUGGAGUCCAGCCGGACAUCUCCUUCCACCCGCUCCCCACUCACAUAAGUGCUGUAGCAGCCAGAGCAGAGUGGCAGCUUGUUACUGGCUCAAUGUGGGGGUCUCCCCAUGGUGCAUUUGAUUUCCUCACCUCCCCUUCAAACAGACAUAACAUUUCCCAUGAUUAAAACAGCCUUGCUGCCUCCCUGGGGCUCUGCAGACCCCUACCAUAUGGGCACACUGGCUCACAAGCCUGAAGGCACCCAUGGGUGUUGGGACAGAGGGGGUCUUUGGGAUUGUUCCUUUCCAUGCCCAAGUUGGCUGGGGCUGAUUCAUGAUGCGCUGAGACCUUAGUCUUCACCAGACCCUGUUUCACUGCUUGGGGCUCUGAUUAGGAGUUGGGGAUGCAGGAGGGAUACUCCAAAUUCCUCUCUGUUCUCAUAGUCAGUGUCCACACUUUGUGUUCAGAAGCGAAAGUUCCCUCCAUGUGUGGGUUACCUACCAGGUGACGGUGGGUAGCUCCGUCUAUCCUGUGAUGCCUGUGGAGAUAAUGUUUGUUUGGAGAACAGGGAGGAGCAGCUUGGGAAGUGUUUUGUGAUCUAGAACCCUUUUGAAAGGAGGGAAGGCCUGUGGUGAUCUCGUCCGUGAGGUAAGUCAUUCUGGAAUAGUGUCCCAGCAGUUCCUUCCCUGAUGGCCUCUGCUUUCCUGCUGCAGGGUGCCAAGUGGAGAGCGGGUGCAGAGCCCUCCAGGGUAUGACGGGAGCAGGGGGUCUGGCUGUGGUGGAACUGGCUUGUGAGAUCUUUUGACCUUGAGCCAAAGGUGAUCCUUUGGCUUUGAACAGAGGUGGGAUGUCUCCCACAGAGGUGUGAUGCAGUUACAGAGUGCCUGCCUGGCCUGGUCCCAUGCAGGCCUACGUCUCAGUUGUUCUCCCAGCAUUCAGCUGUGAACCACUGUCUCCUUCAGGCAGGAGAAUGUCGAUGGACCCUCUCUACCGGGAGCAGAUAAAACUGCCUCCUUCCCUACCCCAAACAUCUCUGUCCUGCCUGGCCCUCUCUUCAAUGCUUUUCAUCACACAGAGCAGGCAAGUUGUGGGACUUGCUGUGCUCCAAGACCCUCGGGUGCGCAGAAAGCUUGGUGGCCAUGGCCAUGGAGGGCCAGCUGCUGCUCCAUCUCAUGGCUGGUUGCAUAGCUGGGGGCACUAGAAGGAGUAGUGAGGGCAAUGAGGAUUGCAGUGGGACCCUGCUGUGUAGCUGAGCCCAGGCAGCCCCAACCUAGACUUGCAGCACAGGGAUUGUUCGUCAGACAGGUCGGGUAGUGCCUUUAGCUGCCAACCCAGCUGCUGUAUUGCAGCCUGGAAGGUGGGACAGGGUCUGUCCCCUUGGAGUCGGUGCUCUCUUGCUCCGACGCUGCCUCUAAUUUCCUCAUCUGUAAGAACAGACCCUGCUUGGGCCCUUGAUUUCAUCUUAUUGGAGGGGAGGGCAAAAACAUCUCGCAUAGGGAAAUAUUAGGGUGUGGAGAAGUUUUCUAGAUCUUAGAGGUCUGAGAGAUCCCUCUGUUGUCUGGGAACACAUGGGGAGAUCUCAUGCUGGUGCCCCUGGGAGAGCUGAAAAUGCAGUGCUCCCUCCUGGGCAGGUCCCUUGGGAGCAGGGGACAGGGCCUAGUAGGUUGUGCUGGGUUUCAGGACCACAGGCUAACGGGGUAAAACAAGGGCAGGUGUGCACGAACAGGGGACCCAUUAACCACAUGGUCUGCAACCUCCCUGCCCUGUCCUGCCUGGCCUGAGCCCAGGGCACCUCGACCCAUGGCUUUCACCUCCCCGGGGCAUCGCAAGGAGGUGAAGGGCUUACAGGAACUGAUGCUCUGGGCUGGCUUUUUGCCCUUCCUCUCCUUUCAAUCCCGUUCCCUGCAGGCAUGAGCCCCUGACUGGGGCAUGAGCCCUUGGCUUAGGGGGCAGACCCCAUGCGACUGCUGAGGGCCUAAGUGGAGCAUUUGGCCCCCCCACCCCACCCUUCUCAUCUCCUUUUGGCCACCCUGGGGCUUUUCCCUUGCUUUCCCAGUCUUCAGUGGAGAAAGGAAUGAGUCAGAGAGAAACAAAGAGACCUCACAACCCCGGAAAGCAGCAAAACCAGGAAGAGAAAUGACACAAAAUCAGAGCUGCCUCGAGAAACAGCUGCACAGGUGAGAACUGACCGAUCACGGCACGUCCUGGGCACCGGCAGCUGGGGACCCCCGUGGGAUGGGAGCAGGGUCAAGCCCUGGCACCUCUGAUUGGGUGGUUGCGGUGGCAAGGCAGGGCUCAGCCAGGCACUUUGCUAUGGGACAAGCGUGUCCCAUUUCCUGGAGCUGUGCCAAGAGGGCAGCCACUUGCAGAGUCCAAGCCAUGGGCCUGCCUUUCCCAGGUACAAUGCGUUAAAAAAGAGGUCCUGCUCACCACCCCCGGCCCAGGCUAGCCCAGAAACACUCAGCACUGCCACCCCUUGGGGGUUUACCCCAGCACCAAUCUCUCCACCAGCACCGAAAGGCCAUUGUAUGCCUGUGGCCUUGCACCCCACCGUCCCCCUUGGUCCCAGCAAUGCUCUUGCAGCAGGUCCGCUCAGCUCAGAGCCAAGGUUUACCCAGCGUGGCCAUUGCUGGGGCAGGACACAAGCUCUGUGGGGGUUGCAGCUGCCGGCACCUUGUCUGUCUCCUCCCAGGCCUUUACUUUGCCUCUCGGCCUUAGCAAACUAGGGUUAUGUGAAGACCUGACAAUGAGCGUCAGGGUCAGAGCCUGGAAAAGACCAGAGGGAGACAGAAGGGCGCUCUUCGAUCCUCUGUCUUUGAUGCUUGGUCGUUGUCCCUGCAGUUUGUAUUCUGUAAAACUUGGUAUAUUUCUGUGCAAAAAGUUAUUUAUUAAAAAACCCUCACUGUC